GGCGUCUGCCAGAAAGCCUGGAAGUGUUUUGCCAAUCGUAUAACCCCUUGCUCUCGACCGAGCUGUUCGCGGACCGCCGAGGGUCACCGAUGGUUGCGCAUGUCCCUCAAUGUCGGAACCAGUACAUCAGAGGCGGCGUCACUUCAAGACGGCGAGCUGAGGUGCGGAUUUUCAGCAGGGCGGGUCAGCAUGCAGUCUGCCAAGGGCGAACUCUCUCGGCCGCUAUCAAGAAUUGCGGAAGCACAAAAGAGUGGGUUGGAGCUUUGAAGCUCCUGCGAAAUGCACAGCAGGCGCGGAUGCAACCUGAUCCACUCUGUUUCACUAUUGCCAUCUCGACAUGCGGAAAGGGCAAACAGUGGCAGCAGGCACUGUCACUGUUGACCGAGCUGCGGCAGUCUAGGUUGAAACUGAACAUCGUCAGCUUUGGUGCUGGAAUCUCGGCAUGUGAGAAAAGUGGGCAGUGGCAACAGGCAGUGUCAUUGCUGGAUGACGCUUUGGAAGCUAACUUGGAACCAAACGUCAUCAGCUACAGCGCUGGCGUCAGUGCAUGCGCAAAGGCGGGGCAGUGGCAGCCGGCGCUGUCGCUGCUAGAUGAGUUGAGGGCCGCGACGCUGCAGCCAGACGUCAUCAGCUACAGUGCUGGAAUCAGCGCGUGCGCGAAGGGUGGGCGUUGGCUGGAGGCGAUGGCGCUGUUUGGCGACAUGUGCGAAGCACGAUUGGAGCCGCAAGUCGUCCCUCUUACAAGGUCAGGCACAGUGCGUGCGGGAAGGGCGCCGUCUUCAAGUGGCCUAACAUCAGGCCCGCAGGCUGCGACGCGCUCCAAUGCGCCCCCAAGACGUUCCCCGACGGCCAAGCUGAGGCCCCCGAGGGCCCGCGCGGCCCAAGAGAGCUUCCGAGAGGGAAACCAGCUGAUCGUGGACGAAGUCCACGGGUUCGCCCUAGUCAGCUACAACGCCGGGAUCAGCGCGUGCGCGAACGGAGGGCAAUGGCAACAUGCCUGGCUGCUGCUCAGCGACUUGCGGGCGUCGCUCAUGGAGCCUGACGCGAUCAGUUACAAUGCUGCGAUCACUGCGUGUGGUAGAUGUGGACAGUGGUCGCGGGCGAUGUCUUUGCUUGCCGAGCUGCGAGGAAUGCAAGUGGAGCUGGGCAUCGUUAGUUUCAAUUCUGGAGUCAGUGCUUGCGAAAAGAGCGGGCAGUGGCAACAGGCAUUGUCUUUGUUGAGCGAUCUUCGGGAGUCGAAGAUGACGCCCGACACCAUCAGCUACAACGCUGGAAUCAGCGCCUGCGAGAAGGGUGGACGGUGGCAGCAAGCUCUGUCGUUGCUGACUGAUUUGCAAGAGUCGCGCUUGUUGCCAGACGUCAUCAGCUACAAUGCUUGCAUCAGUGCUUGCGAGAAGUGUGAGCAGUGGCAGCGGGCAGUGUCUUUGAUGGUCCAGUUGCGCCACGCGCGGCUGAAACUGGACAUCGUCAGCUAUGGUGCGGGAAUCAGCGCAUGUGAGAAAGGCCAGCAGUGGCAACGGGCAUUGUCGAUGCUGGGCGAGUUGUUACACUCUCGCUUAGAAUCCAAUGUGAUAUGUUAUAGUGCUGGCAUCAGCGCGUGCGCGAAAGGCAAGCAGUGGCAGUGCGCACUGUCAUUGCUGAGCGAGUUGUUGGUAUCAGGAUUGGAACAAAGUGUUAUCAGCUAUAACGCUGCAAUAACCGCGUGCGAAAGGGUCGGGCAAUGGCAGCAGGCGUUAUCAUUGCUGGUCGAUCUCAGGGCAGCAAGGCUUGACCCAGACGAUACCAGCUGCAGUGCUGGAAUCAGCGCGUGCGAGAAAGGUGGCCAGUGGCAACACGGGCUAUCUUUAUUGGACGAGUUUCGGGAGGCACGCAUUGGGCUGGGAGUCAUCAGCUACAGCGCCGGAAUCAGUGCUUGUGAGAAGGGUGGGCUGUGGCAGCAAGCUCUGCUUCUUCUGAGUGAUAUGCAGGGAGUGCAGCUGGUGCCUGACACCAUCGCCUGGAACGCCGGCAUUAGCGCGUGCGAGAAAGGCUGGCAAUGGGAACAUGCCCUGUCGCUUCUGAGCUCUAUUCGGCAAUCUCAGCAGCAGGUGGAUGUCGUCAGCUACAACGCUGCAGUCACAGCUUGCGAAAAGGGUCAUCAGUGGCAAAGGGCUUUGUCGCUGCUGAGUGAGUUGUGGGAAAGGCAGCUUGUGCCCGACGUAAUUAGCUACAGUGCUGCGAUCAGUGCUUGUGAGGAGAGCAGCCAGUUUCAGCAUGCGCUGUCUUUGCUGAGUGAACUGUGCCGCACCUCGUUGCAGCCGGAUCUGAUCCUGAUCGUCUACCUUGCUGGCAUCAGCGCGUGCAGGAAGUGCGGGCAGUGGCAGCAUGCCCUGUCGCUGCUGGGCGAGCUGCGGAGCGCGAAACUGGAGCCCGACGCCGCCGUCUACGGCGCUGGGGUCGGCGCCUGCGAGAGGGGCGGCCAGUGGAGGGAGGCCCUGUCGCUGCUGGGGGAGAUGCGGGAGGCAGGCCUGGAGCCGGACGCCACCGGCUGCAGCGCCGGGAUCGGCUCGUGCCAGGAGGGCCAGCAGUGGCUGCGGGCGUCGCCCCUGCUGGGCGACCUGGCGGGCGAGCUGCGGGGGGUGCUGCGAGGGCGGGAGCGCGCCCAGAGCGGGUCGGGUGGCGCAGCGGCUCCCUCUCCUCCUCCUCCUCCUCCUCCUUCC